CUGGACACACACCCCACAUCUCCAGCGGAGAGGCUGGUAUAAGCGCACAAGCGCUUCAUGACUCUCACUUAAAGCAGCAGAAACGGCGCGAUGGCCAGGAGAGGAGCACCAGCGCUCGCCACUGCUCUCCUGCUUGGGCUCCUGCUUUCAAGCACCGCGGCGGCGGGAGGAGCCGGAGCCGGCAGGUCUGACGACGACAAAGAGAAGGAGAGCGACGCGGAGAGUCCGUGCGAAGUUAAAACCGUGACCGUGUCCACGCUGCCCGUACUCCGGGAGAACGAGUUCAGCUUUACCGGGGGUGGCUCGGGGAGCGUGGCCGGAGGAGGAGGGGGGGAGUCCCGUCUUCUCCUUUUCGUCAGGACAGACCUACCUGGGAGGAUCUCCGUGCUGGAUGAUCUCGACAACACUGCUCUCCCGUACUUCACACUGGAGAUGUCAGGCCUGGGCCCUGAGCUCUCACAGGUGCACUGGAAGCAGCAGUGGCUGGAGAAUGGAACGCUCUACUUCCAUGUGUCCAUGAGCAGCACCGAGCAGCUCCACCAGGCCACGGAGGCUCCGGCACGCGAGCCAGCCCACGUCCCGCACGAGCGCAUGCACCUGCUGCACGUGUCCGUCAUGGGAGGCCUCAUCGCUCUGCUGCUCGUCAUCCUGCUCUUCACGCUGGUGCUCUACACACGGCACCGCUGGUGCCGGCGCCGCCGCCCGCCGCAGAAGAGCGCCAGCACGGAGGCCACGCACGAGAUCCACUACAUCCCGUCGGUGCUGCUGGGCCCGCAGGCCCGCCUGCCCCCCCACGGCUCCGUCAUCGGCAUGCCCAUCCGCGAGACGCCCAUCCUGGAUGACUACGACGGCGAAGAUGAGGAGCACCUGGGCCAGCACCUCGACCGGUUCUCCGACAGCAACACCGAGGAGGAGUACGGCUCCCGGGGCAGCUAUGCGGCGGACGGCCUGGGCAAGGGGGACCAGCAGCACCAGUUUGGCUUGGAGAAGAGAACCCUGGACCCGCGACAAGAGGUGGUGGAAUCACUGAUGCAGACUUUUAAGGAUAACUUCCGCACCGGCACGGUGGCUGAGAUCUCGCGGCUGCAGCACGCCACGUCCACCAGCAGGAGGCCGUACAGCCGCUCGCGAGGGAUCAGCGUGUUCGGCCGUCCUGGGGACUCGGGAUCAGAUGCAGAGGAUGACGCGCAGCUGAAAUUCUACACGGAGCAGCACAGGGGGCGCCAUCGCAGCCGAGGUUGCCCGCAGAGCCCCAUGAACAAGGCCACUUUGACAUUAAUCACUAUCAGCACUUGCAUUCUGGCUGUGGUGUACAGCAGCCAGCUGUCGUGCCCCCUCACGGUGAAGGUGACCCUGCACGUCCCAGAGCAUUUCGUCGCAGAUGGCAGCAGCUUUGUGGUCAGCAUGGGCAGCUACCUGGACCUGUCAAACUGGCUGAACCCGGCCAGGCUGACCCUGUACUACCAGAACAACAUCACCUCCCAGUGGGUGCAGGACUACUGCGGGCAGAGAACCACAGACCCCUGUGAGCACCUGUGUGACCAGGAGACAGGAGAAUGCAGCUGUCAUGAGGGAUAUUCUCCCGAUCCGGACCACGCGCACCUCUGCGUCCGCACCGACUGGGGCCAGAACGAGGGCCCCUGGCCUUACACGAACCUGGAGAAGGGCUAUGACCUGGUAACAGGAGAGCAGGCCCCGGAGAAGAUAUUCAGGUCCUCCUACAGCCUGGGCCAGGGUCUGUGGCUGCCUGUCAGCAAGAGCUUCGUGGUGCCGCCUGUGGAGCUGUCCAUCAACCCUCUGGCCAGCUGCAAGACAGACGUGCUGGUGACCGAGGACCCUGGUGACGUCCGGCAAGAAGCCAUCGCGUCUACCUACUUCGAGACGAUCGACGACGUGCUGUCGUCGUUUGGCCCGGUCCGCGACUGCUCCAAGGACAACGGCGGCUGCCGGAAGAACUUCAAGUGUGUGUCGGACCGGCGCGUCGACUCCACGGGCUGCAUGUGUCCCAGCGGCCUCCGUCCAAUGAAGGACGGCUCCGGUUGCUAUGACUACUCGAAGGGCACUGACUGCUCCGAUGGCUUCAACGGCGGCUGCGAGCAGCUGUGCCUCCAGCAACUUGUGCCCCUGGACGACGACCCAACCUCCAGCAACGUGCUCAUGCUCUGCGGGUGCGUGCAGGAGUACCGGCUGGCAGGGGACGGGCGCUCCUGCGUGCUGCAGGCAGAUACAUGCAAUGGGCCCAAGUGCCAGCGCAGCGGCACGCAGCUCAACGGCACUCUGUUCGGGGAGAUGCUACACGGCUACAACAACAAGACGCAGCAGGUGAACCUGGGUCAGGUCUUCCAGAUGACCUUCCGGGACAACAACUUCAUCAAGGACUUCCCCCAGCUGGCUGACGGGCUGAUGGUGAUCCCCCUCCCGGUAGAGGAGCAGUGCCGGGGCGUGCUGUCGGAGCCAAUGGCCAACCUGCAGCUCCUCACAGGAGACGCCCAGUUCAGCGAGGCCACAGGGUAUCCCAUGGUGCAGCAGUGGAGGGUACGCAGCAACCUGUAUAAGGUGAAGCUGAGCGCCAUCACGCUGUCCACAGGUUUCUCCAAGGUCCUAAAGACCCUGAACUCAGACAGCACACGCGACGAGAUGCUGUCUUUCAUCCAGCAGUACGGUACCCACUACGUGUCCGAGGCCCUGUACGGCUCCGAACUGACCUGCACCGUCUACUUCCCCAGUAAGAAGUCCCAGCAGCAGCUCUGGCUUCAGUACCAGAAAGAGACCACUGACCUGGGCAGCCGGCGGGAGCUGAAGUCGGUGCCCUUCAUCACCUAUGUGUCGGGCCUGCUGAAGACACCGCUGCUGGCAGGGGACCUGGUGUCUGGGGUGGAGGUGCGCUGCCAGGAGAAGGGUGGCUGCCCGUCCGCUUGCCACCUGUGUGGGCAGCCUGGCCGCGAGCUGCCCAGCCCCACGCCGGAGCUGCUGGAGGUGAACCGCGUGGUGCCGCUGUACAGCCUGGUGCAGGACAACAGCACCAAGGAGGCCUUCAAGAGUGCCACGAUGAGCUCAUACUGGUGUGCCGGGAAGGGCGACGUCAUCGAGAACUGGUGUCGCUGUGACCUGAAUGCUUUCAGCAAGGAUGGCCUGCCCAACUGCAGUCCCCUGCGUCAGCCCAUCCUGCGCCUGGCGCCACAGCUAGAGCCCUCCAGCACCAUGGUGGCCUUGGAGUGGGUCGACGUGGAGCCAAUCAUUGGCUACAAGGUCUCCGAUUACAUCAUCCAGCACAAGAAGGUGGAGGAUCCCUCAGAGGCUGAAAUCUACACAGGGGAAGUGUUAAGCCUUGUGGACGACCUUCUUUCUGGCCUGGGGUCUUCGUGUGUGGUGGUGGGGAAACGCAGCAGCGAGCACCCCCAUACGGCCCUCUAUACCUUGGUCUUCAAGUGCCUAGAACCGGACAGCCUCUAUAAGUUCACGCUGUACGCCUUGGACAGCCGUGGGGGGCGCUCCGAGUCCAGCUAUGUGUCAGUCAGGACUUCGUGCUCCGUGGUGGACGACAGCACAGCAGAAGAGAUUGCUGACAAAGUGUACAACCUGUACAACGGCUACACGAGCGGCAAGGAGCAGCAGACAGCCUACAACACGCUGAUGGAGAUCUCGCCUCCAAUGCUUUACCGCAUCCAGCACCACUACAACUCGCACUACGAGAAGUUCGGGGACUUUGUGUGGCGGAGUGAGGACGAGCUAGGGCCCAGAAAAGCGCACCUGAUCAUGCGGAGAGUGGAGCGGCUGAGCCGCUACUGCCGAUCCCUCCUGCGCAGCGCCUACAUCCAGAGCCGGACGGAGACGGUGCCGUACGCGGUGUGCCGCAGCGAGGAGGUGCGGCCCGCUGAAGCCCUGUGGCGCAGGUCCCUGCACGAGACCCGCCUGUCUUGCGUGGAGAAGCUGGCUUCGGUGCGCAGGAACAGCUACAGCAACACCAAAAUGCGGUGAAGGGGGGCAUGAUCCCCCCCCUCCCCCCAUCCCCGACCCAGCAGAACCCCGACUCCCCCUCGCUGCUGCUCUAGAACCUCGCUUAGGACUGUUUCCUGUCGAACGGGAGGGGGCAUGCAGGCGCUGCCGGGUUUGACGUCGACUGACUCGAUCGACCGGAACGGAUGCCGGGUUACUGACGCAAAUUGCGGAAAUGAAAGCUGGCAUUUGAGGUUAUGUUUACCUUUGCCAUUGAGGUAAAGUGUGUCCCCUCCCCCUCCCCCUCCCCCAAAGCAGAUCACGUUGGCCGGUCGGAAGACCCAGCUAAUGAUCACAUGGUUACCACGGUGCUUCUACUUCCAUAGGGUACAAGACCAAACAAGGACAAGCUGCAGUGGGAAAUGUAACCAUAAUCGACCAGUUUUCACAGGGCAGUGAGGAUGGAGACGGUGAUGGAGGUGUGGAUGGGGCAGACGCUCGGAUGUUUUUAAUACUUGAAUCUGUGGGAGAGUCUUAUUCAUGGCCAUGAACAGUCUUUAUACUGCCAACUACAGGACAGCCGUGUGUGUUGCGUGGUGAUGUCGUCCGAUGUGAAGUGUAGCUUUCCCGGCAGAAGCAGCCGGUUUGUAAAUGUUUGGUAAAAGCCAUGUUUUCCGUUUGUCUUACAUCGUCGCCCAGGGUGUGUUAAGUACUACAUAUGUUAGAGUCUUCAUUAAAAAAACGCAGGAAAACACAGAGCUUACAAAGAAACCACGAGUGCUCCUUCAGAGAGACUCUUACACAAAAAGGUUGUAGGGUAAUGUUAUGUAGUGGAAGAAACGGUAAAACCCUGACUACAGUGAUGGGAUUCCUACACCGGCCCACUGAAGGAUUCCGAAAUGGAUGAAGGAAAAUCACCAAGUAUUGCAAACAAUUGGGAAAUUACAUAUGGCCCUAUUUCUUAGGACUGCUACAAAAAAACAAAAAAAAAUAAAACAAAAUCCGUUUUAUCGGUUGUGACUGUCAGCUAUCAGAGUUGUACAUAUUAAAUUGUAAAUAUGCAAUAUGCAGCUUUAAUAGUCUUCUUUUAUACUCUGAUUUUUUUGUUUGUCUUGUUUGAUGUACAUUUUAUGUGUUUGAGAUCUUUUAUUUUCUGGUGCCACAUUUUCUGUCAUUUUUACAUGUCUCCUCAGGGGGUGGAAGGUUGUUUUUCGUGGAUAUGUAGUCUUGGAGCUUUUUCCCCAAGUAAAGAGAAAAAAAAACAUUACACUGACCUUUUCCAGCAGAAAAUAUAACAUAAUAUGAUAUUCAGUGCUGUACUCAGACUAGCAGGAAAACACUGCUAGUAUUUAUACACUUGUCAGUACAUAAUUAUGUAUACCUACAAGUUUAGUGUUCAUAUCUUAAAAAAUACUGUUUGCCUUUGUUAACAGACUACAUAUAUAUUACUUCUUUUUGAACUGGCUCUCCUGUAAACCAGCGCCAUGUCAUGGGAAUCCCUCCGUCUGCUUCUGCGUUUUCUCCCUGGUGGCAGGAAGUGCCAUAGGCUGUGUCCCUGUGGCAGCUUGCAGUGCGGUUAAGGAUGUCGGCGUAUAACCUAUAGGCCAUAGUACGUUAGUCUUUUCCACUCCUGAUUUCUCAAAAUGAUUAACUGAACUUAAUGCUGCGGUGAAAAAGAAAAAAAUAACUGACAAAGGGGUGAAAUUAAAGGUGGUGUGAGUCACUGGAAAAAAAUGUCUGGCAAGCAGUGACCCCAGUUUGAAUAAAUUUACACCCAUUAGUGGUUUUGCACCAGGAAGUGGAUGCAAGUGGCAAGUGCUGGCUAACUUUGGCGAAAGCAGAUUAAAUGAGCCAGGAAGUCCCGCCCUCAUCACGCACUGCCUCUGGUUGGUCAACGGUUACUCAGAAAGGCACAGAGGCUAAUCAUUUAUAUGCGGGCGUGUGUGAAAACCCAGGCAGCCGAACAACAAGAGCUACGGGACACUGGCAGGUUGCGGUCCCGGGACGGCGAUUUGGGAGAAGGUGCUUCUGCCUGUUGUCCCCUCCCAGAAUGCCUAGCUGCACUUUCUCCCACAAAGUUCAACCUUUUUGCUGCACCAAUGUUAGUACAUUUCAUCCUCUUAAAUAUUAGGCUUUGCAUUUUGUAUUGCUUUGGAAAUUCUUGCAACAUGAACACAUUCCCAGCACCAUAUGUGCAUAGAUGUUUUUCAUUCCCCCCCCCCAGUUUUUUUUAAUGUGUGUAUGUAUGUGAGUGGUACUUCAGUGUACACUAAUUUUUCUACUAGUUAAAGACUUCCAUAUACUUGCCCCUUGUAUCGUUAUUAUAUUCCAUGUAAUAUUUAUUAUAAUAAAUCAUUUUCAUUGACAAAUGUUAUUGCUCAGCUUGAAUUUACUCUUAUUCAGUUGAAUGUAAUUUCAAAUACACCUUUAAAAAUGUAUUUUUUAUUCUUGAAUUUCAAUGGAGUCAUGCAACAAUACAAGUAAUGGAUAAUUAAAUACUGCUGAAAUUAAUGCAUUGCUGUGUGUAGUUUACUAUUGUUUUUCUUUUAUUACAAACACUGAGAGUGUCUGCACAUUGCCAAUAAAACCAACCUACUUAUCAGUAAAGGUUACAGUGAACUGUUAACCUCUGAAUUCCAUUUUUGUCAAUGUAAUUGUUUUUAUUUCAACUUAUUAACUUAUAUGUGAUCUAGUCUAUCCAUAAACUUAAGUACAUUACCGUUUUUAACAACACUGAUGGUUAACCAGUGAUUUAUUCCUAAACAAUUCAGUUGAAAAGUAGCAUCUCCUUGAAACUUCUUAUAUAUGGUACGGCAUACUGUAAAUCAGUAGUGCCACACACACACAAAUAACAUCUGUGACAAUG